UAGCAUGAUUAAAAAUUUUACAUUUUCAAAUUGAUUGAAAAUCAAUGACUCCAUAAUGUUCUAUGCAGUUGUAUUUAUGCACUGACUUCAUCUUGUGGUUUGAGCAUGUCUGUAAGAAAACUGAUCAACUCAUACAUUCAGGAUUUAAAUCUCUUGGUCUUUUGACUUGUUCUUUAUAUAUCCUGAAAACAAGAGAGAGAGGGAAAAAAAGGAAAAUAUUUAUACAUGUGAAACAAAUCUUAAUGUCCAUUUUAUAUUUGACAUAUUAUAUAAGUUUGGACACACUCGGCUGAAUUAAGAUAAAUCUAUCUUUUACAUUUUUGACUAGUAGUGUAUGCAUAUUAUACUCUAUAUGAUGGUAUAUAAACAGUGCCACCUGCUGGUUGAACUAUUGAAAUGACAGUCCCAAGAGCUGAGAAAAAACCCUGUAAUUUUGACAUCACUGAUGUUAUAGAUAUAUUUCAAAAUUCAAGAAACAUUAACAACAUGAAAAAAAUGUACAGUCUGCCAAUCACGACAGCAUGAUCAGGACUAUAAGUUGGAUUAAAUUAAGUAUUAUACAGUACAGUUUCUAAAUAUUCUUGAAUAAUGAGGGCUAUCCACACCAACCACUCAACUUUCCAAUAUAAUGCUACACAACUAGAAACUAAAUUUCCAUAAAUAAAUAAAAAACUACUUUACUUAAUCACCAGUUAAGCUUUAAAACAGCCCAAGCUGCUAUUACAGUUUAAAAGGGGAAAAAAAGGUUUCCAUUACUACUAUGAAAGCAUUUAUAUUACUGUUUCUAGUUCUACUGAGAACCUCAGGGAAAUUAACCAGAUAAAAUCUAUAGAUUUUCGAACGUUAAAAAAGAAAUAAUCAAAUACAGUGGGAACGCUGUCAACUUACAAAAAUGUAUACAAUCAAUGUAUAAAUGAACAAAUAAGAGCCUAGAAAUGACAAUAGAAUAGAGCUGACAUCUAUUAUACAUAAAAGUGAAAUAUUUUAAACAUUUAAAAAUACACAUGCAAUAUACAGAGAGAUUAUUGGCGUACGUCUACUUCAAAAUUUCACAGGUCAGAGUUACUUGACAUUUCUUUGUAAUUAUUUGUGAAUUUACUAGCACUUGUAUGCAAGUAAAACUUAUAUUAUAAAUAUCUAUUUUUUCGGUGUAUUAUACAAUUCAAAAAGACAUUUACUGAUGUAAAAAAAGAAAAGAAAAGAAAAAAGGCACAAAAAGACAGCUUUGCAGAGAGCAAACAUCGUCACUGCCUGGAAAUCUGACCGAAUGCAUCUCAUCCUGAAAGUGCCUAUGCAAUUAUUUGCUCUCCUCUGUUUUUAACAAGACAGAAUCAUGUUUGACUUUCCCUUAAGUGACUUUUUGACUCGUUUGACCAUCUUCCCAUCUCUCUUUUUAAACAGGUUCACAGUGCAAAUACAUUGAUGCAUUGAGAUUAAUGGAUCGAAACUAAUAAGUGUGUCUGCGUAUGUGUGUGUGUGUGGAUCACGCCACCUGGGCAUCACUAUAUAAGACUCAGAACAUCAGGCUGGGACCGUGAAAUCGCACUGGGAGCCAGGAAGGAGAAACCAGUGAGGCAACAUCAACAUCUUUGACUUUAUUUCUCUGUGACGACCCAACGCAAUCCAGGUAAGAUGAUGACAAGGAUCUAUGCCUUUAUUGGACUUUUAUUUCUUAUUCUGAUCCAGAGCAGCCAACAGAUUCCCAUACAAGAAAACAUGGAAGAAAACUCCAGCUUUAUGUCUGAGGAUGCACUAUUUAGUGACCCAAGAGAAGUGAGCAACAUGAAGAGACAUUCAGAGGGCACUUUCUCAAACGAUUACAGCAAAUACCUGGAGACCAGGAGAGCACAAGACUUCGUUCAGUGGUUAAUGAACUCCAAGAGAAGUGGAGUCCUCACACGACGGCACGCAGACGGCACAUUCACCAGUGACGUCAGCUCUUACCUGCAGGACCAGGCAGCAAAAGAGUUUGUGUCCUGGCUAAAAACAGGGAGAGGACGAGGCGAGUGACGACUCUAGAUAAAAACUAGCCUGCAUAACUGUGAUAUUCUGCCUAGUUCUGUCAGUUUCACUGAGUCAUGCAAAUAAAUCUUUCUUCAAAUGAA